GGCGGGGCGGGGCGGGGCGGCCCGGCCGCCGACACGGAGCGAGAGUGGGGGUCGCGGCCAUUACAGUGGGAUGUGCGCCGUGCCACCGAUAGAGGACACUCCUUGGAUUGUAAAGCAUUUCAGGCGCAAUGGCAGAUCCCAUCCGCUGGGCCCGAUACCGUUGGCAGCGACUGAUAUCUACAGAGGGUGGAGAAGGUAGCAGCAGCAGGAAUUCAAGUAACAAGUGCUAUCAAUCAUCAAAAACUAUUGGCAAACACAGGAUAGUGAUACCCUGUUUGGGACAUUUUAGGGAGGAGUAUGAAAAAGUGUCAAAACUGUACAUGAACAACAAAAUACGGACUACUAAGUAUACUUUAUUGAAUUUUUUACCACGGAAUUUGUUUGAACAGUUUCACAGAGUUGCGAAUUUGUAUUUCCUAUUUCUGGUUGUCCUGAAUUGGGUUCCUCUGGUGGAAGCCUUCCAAAAAGAAAUUACAAUGCUACCUCUAGUAGCGGUUCUGACAAUUAUUGCAGUGAAAGAUGGUCUGGAAGAUUACUCAAAGUACAAAAUGGAUAAACAGAUCAACAACUUACUAACCAAAGUGUAUAGCAGGAAGGAGAAGAAAUACAUAGAUGAAUGCUGGAAAAAUGUCAAUGUUGGGGACUUCAUCCGGCUUUCACGUAAUGAAAUCAUUCCUGCCGACAUGGUGCUGUUAUAUUCUAGUGACCCGGAUGGGAUCUGUUACAUCGAAACGGCAGGCCUUGAUGGAGAAACCAAUCUAAAGCAGAGGCAGGUGGUGAGAGGAUAUUCGGAGCAGGUCUCUGAAAUUGAUCCAGAAAAAUUUUCCAGUAGAAUAGAGUGUGAAAGUCCUAACAAUGACCUCAGUCGCUUCCGAGGCUUUGUUGAGCAUUCAAACAAGGAUCGAGUGGGCCUCAGCAAAGAAAACUUACUGCUCCGAGGAUGCACAGUAAGAAACACAGAAGCUGUUGUAGGCAUAGUGGUAUAUGCAGGUCAUGAAACCAAAGCCAUGCUGAAUAACAGUGGCCCUCAUUACAAGCGCAGUAAAUUGGAAAGAAAAGUGAACACUGAUAUUCUUUGGUGUGUUCUGCUUCUAAUUUUGAUGUGUUUAACUGGUGCAAUAGGCCAUGGAAUUUGGUUAAAUAGGUAUUCAGAAAUACCUUUUUUUAACAUCCCUGAGCCGGAUGGGAAAUCUAUUCCUCCAGCAUUAGCAGGGUUCAAUAUGUUCUGGACGAUGAUCAUUUUAUUACAGGUCUUGAUCCCAAUUUCUCUCUAUGUUUCAAUUGAAAUUGUCAAAUUGGGACAAAUUUAUUUAAUACAGAAUGACAUUGAUUUUUACCAUGAGAAAACAGACUCAACAAUUCAGUGUCGAGCACUGAAUAUUGCUGAAGACCUUGGCCAGAUUCAGUAUAUCUUCUCUGACAAGACUGGAACGCUUACUGAAAAUAUGAUGGUUUUUCGGAGGUGCAGCAUUGCAGGACAGGAGUAUUGCCAUGAGGAAAAUGCAAAGAGGUUGGAAUCCUACCAAGAGAUGGAUUCAGAGGAUGAGGAUUCAGUUGAUCAUCGGAGUGGCUCUUCAAUCCCUAUGUCAAAAUGGCGGAGGCACAACUGCAGAGCUAUGAAUGAACCAUUGAACAGAAAGUCUUUGAAUCAGUUGUCUGGUAGUUAUCCCGCCAUAGGAAGGGAAGAUGGAGGAGGUGAUGUUCCCCACUCAGGACACGUUGCUUUCAGCAGCCCCAUUGAGACGGAUGUUGUACCAGACGCACAACUGCUGGAGAAGUUCAGUCAAAUUUCUUCUCAUUCCUAUCAACAGCAAGAAGUCAGCAGCAAGUUAUCUUUGGAGACAGUGUACAUUGCCGACUUCUUUCUUGCUCUGGCAAUCUGUAAUACUGUUGUAGUUUCAGUCCCCAAUCAGCCACGUCAGAAGAUGAGACUUUCUUCUCUGGGUAGGAUGCCUAUUAAAUCACUUGAGGAAAUCAGGCAGAUGUUCCAGAGGUUGUCAGUCCGGAGACCAAGUUCCUCCCCAUUUCCAAGUGUAAAAGAGUCAUCAUCUGAAAGCCCCAAUAGUUUUGUGAGCAAACUGUCUAUUUUCAGAAUGAAACUGGCUUCACCUGCUUUGGAUGCAGCUACUCAAAGGACUGCUGAGCCUCACAAUACUGACAGCCCAGAAAAUUCCCAAGUGCCCCAAGAACUAGAUAUGGUGAAUGUAGCUGCUGGCUGUGAACGCAACAGUGCUGUGUCAUCUAUUGAAUUGUCUCCCUUACCUAAGCUGUGUUAUGAAGCUGAGAGUCCAGAUGAAGCUGCCUUAGUUCACGCUGCUAGGGCUUAUAAAUGUAUUUUACAGUCUAGGACUCCAGAUCAAGUAACUGUGGACUUCGCAGGUCUGGGAUCUUUAACAUUUCAGCUUUUACAUAUCCUGCCUUUUGAUUCAGUGCGGAAAAGGAUGUCAGUGGUGGUUCGGCAUCCAGUCUCCAACAAAGUGGUGGUGUACACAAAAGGUGCGGACUCAGUCGUGAUGGAUUUGUUGAGAACAGCAUCUGAAGGUACUAAUGAAUCAGAAAUGGAACAAAAGACUAUUAAAGAGAAAACUCAGAAGCAUUUGGAUGACUAUGCCAGAAGAGGACUGCGCACUCUGUGUAUUGCUAAGAAGGUGAUGAGUGAUGCAGAAUAUGCAGAGUGGUUAAAUCAUCAUUUUUUAGCAGAAACUAGUAUUGACAAUAGGGAGGAGCUGCUGCUUGAAUCUGCCAUCAGGCUGGAGACCGAACUAACUUUGCUGGGUGCCACUGGCAUUGAAGAUCGCCUGCAGGAGGGUGUUCCAGACACAAUACAGGCAUUACGGAAAGCAGGAAUAAAAAUAUGGAUGCUGACAGGUGACAAGAGAGAGACAGCUGUCAACAUUGCCUAUGCUUGUAAACUGCUGGAACCGGAUGACAGAAUCUUCACUCUCAAAUCACAGAGUAGGGAUGCCUGUGCCUUGGUGAUGAGCAAAAUUUUAGAAGGCAUCCAGAAGAAUACUUUUGCCAAAGAAAAACCCAGUCAGAGGCUUGGGAAUGUCUCUACAAGUCCCUCCACCCAAGCUCGAGGGUUCAGUGCAGGCCUGGUUAUUGAUGGAAGGACUUUAGAGCAUGUCCUUCAUGACAGCCUGCAGAGUAUUUUUUUGGAACUCACAGAAAAAUGUAGGGCUGUAGUCUGCUGCCGAGCCACACCACUGCAGAAGAGUGUCCUGGUCAGACUGGUGCGAAAUAAGCUGAAGGCAAUGACAUUAGCUGUAGGUGAUGGCGCCAAUGAUGUCAGUAUGAUCCAGGUGGCUGACACUGGUGUGGGAAUAUUGGGCCAAGAAGGCAUGCAGGCCGUGAUGGCAAGUGACUUUGCAAUCUCUCAGUUUAGACACCUCAGGAAGCUGCUGCUUGUCCAUGGUCACUGGUGUUAUACCAGACUUACCAACAUGGUGCUUUACUUCUUCUACAAGAAUGUGGCCUACGUGAACCUCCUGUUCUGGUACCAGUUCUUCUGUGGGUUUUCAGGCACAUCAAUGACUGACUAUUGGAUCUUGAUUCUUUUCAAUCUCCUUUUUACGUCAGUGCCACCCAUCAUUUAUGGUGUCUUGGACAAAGAUGUGUCUGCGGAGAUACUUAUGCAGCUCCCACAGCUGUACAUGAUGAGCCAGAAAUCUGUGGCUUACUUGCCUUCCGCUUUUUGGAUAACCUUGCUGGAUGCGUUUUACCAAAGUCUCGUUUGCUUUUUUGUGCCUUACUUUACUUACUACGGCUCAGACAUAGACAUUUUUUCUUUUGGAAACCCUGUAAAUACAGCAGCACUCUUCAUAAUACUGUUUCACCUUCUCAUUGAGUGCAAGUCUGUGACUUGGAUACAUACCGUAGUUAUAGUUGGCAGCAUCCUGUUUUACUUCGUCUUCGCUCUGGCUUUUGGGGCAACCUGCAAAACCCACAACCCACCAUCAAAUCCUUAUUGGAUCAUGGAGAAGCACAUGACAGACCCAGUGUUUUACUUAGUUUGCCUCCUGACUACUUGUGUUGCUCUGCUGCCCAGAUAUGUGCUGAGAGUUCUCCAAGGAACAUUGUUUCCGUCUCCGGUGUUGAGAGCCAAGCAACUUGACAGACUGACCCCUGAGGAGCAGAGGGAAGCAAUUAAGAGAUGGAAAGAUGACUGCGUUGUAAACUGUAGAGUGGAGUUCCAGGCUACUUCUGGGUCUUCCAGCUCAGCCACAGGUGCUGUAUCAGAGGAAGAAAGCAUUGCCAGUGUUUUGCCAACAUCUAAACCACCUUUUCAAGCCUGUUCAAGGGAUGGGUUAGUAGAGGACACUGCCUUCUUACCAGACAUUCAGGAUGAGUCUGGGAAUACAAAUGGCUUGAACUCUGAAAAGACCCUAUUUCUGAAUCCAUCAGAGGAAACAAAUUCAGCCACAUUUGGCGGUAAUAACUCAUGUGCCAAAGUCCCUGUGUGUGCUUCUGAAGAGGGCAGCAGUGCUGUUUCUCUAGCACACAAAGCAGGUUUGAAUUCUGUUUUGUGUGAAGAAGAUGCUUUAAUGUAUCUUAGAAAAUUAGAAUGAUAACUGUUUAAAACUUAAAACUCAAGAGUAAUAUCUGUUGAUUUAAUGCUACGUUGUGGUUUUGUUUUCUUCAGCCAAUGUAGAUGAUGCACACAUUUCCUUAAAAGCUUUUUUGUUUAUAAAGCUUUUCAAUAAUUUAUUAAGAUGUUCAA